AUGCAAAACGGGGCUGGGAUGACUCUAAAUGAAACAGGUUCUCAAUUGCAACCCAUCCCAUCCAGCAUCCAAAGGCGACCCAUGCAUCGAGAGGGUGUUUGGCGGACGACGAUACGUCGUCUCAACGCCAUGGCAAGGUGGAAUGAUUCUGGAAGCAGGAGGGUGAUGUGGGACCGUUUUGCGGAACUCGAUACGUUGUUUUGGGGCCAGGAGGGGUUCAGGAUGUUGUGGAAGGGUCAGAAACACUUGCUACCACUCAGGGAGGGUGUUUAG